GUCCCCAGCCUGUAGGAUCCAGGGGAUCCUGGGGGCCCCGGGGUCAUGGGGUCCCUGGUGCCAUGUGUCGUCCCCCCCCGGCCCCCCUCCGUCACCUUGUGCUUCUUGGCAUGGUCGCCGUGGUGGUGCUUGGCCCCGUCCAUGGCUGCAGGAUGCUCCAGGGAUCCCGGAUCGCAGCCGCUCGCUGGAUUUAUGGCCGCGGAUGUGAGACCUUGCCCUGGGCGGCGCCGGCCGGGCCGGGCCGGGCGGGGAGAGGGGCGGGGGCCCCUCGGCCGGGCACCCCGCUCUGGCAGCCCCGGGCGUUCCCCCCGCCCCCCCCCCGGCAGCCCCCGCCGUGGCGUGCAAAGGACCCAGGCGUCCGGGCUCCUCGCCCCGCCCCCACUGCCCUGCCGGGGGACCCAGGCGUCCGGAGACCAGCCCCGUCCCUCCCCUUCUCCCGGCCGGGGCCCGCGGGGAGCCCAGGCGCCAGCGCUUCUCGCACCAAACCCGCCCCCCCCCCCCCCCCCAAGGAAAAGGGGGCCCAGGCGUCCUGGCGGACCUGGGGACGGGCGGCCGCGGCACAGCGGAGCAGUGAGCGCAGCCCUGCCCUGGUCCUGACUCCCCCACAGACCCUCCUCCCAGGACGAUGGCAUGUGAGCUCUUCCUCCUCUCCUCUGUCUGGUUCCUCUUCGUCAUCUUCUGGAUGGAAACCAUCAGUGUGUGGCUCUUCCUGUGCAACUUCUACCAGGACCGGGCGUUUUACCACUGGGGCGAGCGGGUGCUACUCGCCGACCCCGGACACGCGCUGUACAUCUUCGCCAGCUGAGCUGUCACCCCCCCGACACAACAUCGUCCUGCAGGACCAAGCACUGACAUCCGUGCUGCACGGGUAGCUGGAGGCAGCGAGGGCAGCUGCAAGCCAGCGGCACUGGGCUGGGGAGUGGGGGGCUGGUGCCCCCGGCGCAGCCCGGGACAAGCGGGGCAGCCUUUGCCACCCCAAGCCCUUCAUGAGGACGCCUGCGGGAGCCCGGAUGCCGCAGUGUUAGGACCAACGGCCUGAUUCGAGCAGCAGCAGGCAGGCGAACCUGAGCAAAUAAAGAGCUUCACGUCCGCA